UUAAAAACCAGAAGAAUGAAUCUCCAUGAGAGGAAAAGGGAAUGGAUCCGAUUUGGUAAGCCGGAAAACAAGGAGUCUUGGCAGUCUCAACAGAGGGAAUCGACUGAAGAGAACGACGCUCGAGGACAUCAUUUUACUGGAGGUCUGUUGAAGAAGAAGAAGAGAGCAUUCAAGUCCUCUAGAAAAGGAAUAACCGAGGGCUUCUUCGAGUAAGAGUGGCCGAGAGCUUACAGGAAAGAAAACCUAGCGCCUCUUCCUGUUUCCUUCAAGGGAACAACUAGAGUGAGUGAAUAAAGCAAAAGAGAGAAGGAAAACGGAGGUGAAACAAGCGACGGAAUUGAAAGGGAAGAACAGAAUAGCGAACAAACAGAAUGUGAAGUUACAUAAUUCCAUUAUUAGGCUGACUCAUUUAUGGUAGAUGGAUGAAGUUUCUCUUAACACUGAGCCAAUCGAUGAUGAUGUUGAUGAAUUUGAAAUUGAAGGAGACUGUGGAAUAGUAGAAUAUGUCGGUCAAACUAGUGUAAUUCAAGGAGAGAAUCCGCUGCCUCCAGCUGUUGGAAUGGAAUUUGAGUCUUACGAAGAUGUAUAUUUCUUCUACAACUGCUAUGCCAAGGAACAAGGGUUUGGUGUCAGAGUAAGCAACACAUGGUAUAGAAAGAGUAAAGAGAGAUACAGAGGAAAACUCAGCUGCAGUAGUGCAGGCUUCAAGAAAAAGAGUGAAGCAAACCGACCAAGACCAGAAACCAGGACUGGCUGUCCUGCAAUGAUAAAGUUCAGGUUGAUGGAAAAUAGAAGAUGGAGAAUUAUUGAGGCUGAGCUUGAGCACAAUCACUUGAUUAGCCCAGCAAGUGGAAAGUUUUACAAAUCCCAUAAGCACAUAGGUAUUGGAACUAAAAGAACAUUGCACUUAGAUGGUCCGGAAGAAGCACAAAAGAUUAGGCUCUUCCGAACGAUGGUUGUUGAUGCAGAGAACAAUGGGGCUAUAGAUGUUGAUAAUAGAGAAUUCAGCAAUGAUGUUCACUACAACCAAUUGAAGCUCAAGGAAGGAGAUGCUCAAGCUAUUCAAAAUUACUUUUUGCACUCACAAUUGAUGGAUCCUAAUUUCUUCUAUGUGGUUGAUAUCAAUGAGAAAGGCUAUUUGAGGAAUUUGCUCUGGAUGGAUGCAAUGUCUAGGGUUGCAUAUCAUUAUUUCAGCGAUGUAAUUAUGAUUGACUCUUCUUGUUUGACAAACAAAUAUGAAGUCCCACUUGUAUCAUUUAUUGGAGUGAAUCAUCAUGGACAGUCUGUGCUCUUGGGUUGUGGUUUGGUUGCCGGGGAGACUGUAGAAUCAUAUACAUGGUUGUUUAGGGUGUGGCUCACCUGCAUGCUAGGACGCCCCCCGCAGGUUAUCAUUACUGAUCAGUGUAGAAUUCUAGACACCACUGUUGCAGAUGUUUUUCCUAGAGCUUGUCAUUGUCUAUGUUUAUCACAUAUCACUGGUAAAGUUCCUGUGAAGCUGGGAGGUUUUUCUGAUUAUGAAGCAAUUAGAACAGCAUUGAAUAGAGCAGUUUAUUAUUCUUUGAGGCCAGAGGAAUUCGAAACUUUAUGGGAAGAUAUGAUCCAACUGUAUGGAAUUAAGGAUAACAAAUGGGUUCAAACAUUAUAUGAAGAUCGUAAACGGUGGGUUCCAGUUUAUCUGAAGGAUACAUUUCUGGCUGGAGCAUUUCCCACCCAGCAAAAUGAGGUUGUGGUUUCAUUUUUUGAAGGUUAUCUUGAUAAACAUACCUCAUUGAAAGAGUUUUUAAAUAAAUAUGAUCAAGGCUUACAGACAAAUCGUCAGCUAGAAGUCUUGGAAGACAUGGAUUCAAAAAAUACGAGUGUUAUGUUGAAAUCAAGAUGUUAUUAUGAUUUGCAGAUUUCAAAAUUGUACACGAAUAACAUAGUUAGGAAGUUUGAAAGAGAGGUGGAAGGAAUGUUUUCAUGUUUUAGCACAAGACAAGGACAUGUUGAUGGCCCAAUCGUAACAUAUGUUGUAAAGGAAGAGGCUGAGGGUGACGGAAAUAGAAGAGAAACGAGGGAUUUUGAGGUUUUGUAUAACGCGACCGAGAUGGAGGUGGCCUGCAUUUGUGGUUUGUUCAAUUACAGGGGGUAUUUAUGCAGGCAUGCGCUCUAUGUGCUUAAGCAAAAUGGCAUCGAGGAAAUCCCAUCUCAAUAUAUUCUUCCGCGGUGGAGAAAAGAUAUCAAGCGUGUUCAAGUUCUUGAUCAAAGCUGCACUAGUAUUGAUACUAAUAAUCCAGUGCACAGGUAUGAUCAUUUGUACAAAUGCAUUGUGCAGGUUGUUGAGGAAGGAAGAAAAUCUCAAGAUCGAUACAAGGCUACGCAACAAGCAUUAGAUGGCAUAAUGAGCAAGCUUCAUCUUGUGCAAGAGCAUCAAGUGUAAUGUACAUUUAGAUUUAAGGUAGUAGCAUAUAUAUAUAUAUAUAUAUAUGUUUGUUUUGUGUAUUAAGUUACUAAAUCUGGCCUCUUUGUUGAGCCAAAACACUUUUAUUUAAGCAUGCAUAAGGAGGACUAACCCCUCUUGGGAUCCUUACAAGGAUUGAAUUGUAUGUUGACUCUGCUUUUGCACAGAGAAAUAAAAAGGAGAUAAAGCAUGUAUAUA